CAGGCAGACAUAUAGACACAAACACACAAACACUCACACAGGCAUGGCUUGCCUCAAAAAAACGUGAGUGCAGCCCACACGCAGACACAGGUGCGUGUGUGCACACACGUAGACACAUGGACACACGGACACACAUACACGCGACCAUGCAGGGGGAGUGGCGCAAAGAUGACAGUCCACACCGCUCCAAUCCCACACACACGACCCGCCUAUAGCUCACAACCAGCCACUAGUCACCUCAGACGGAUGGCGACAGGGGGGUGUCGACGUCCAUGUCGUGCAUGAACGGCACGCCCGUCCUCUCGCUGUGCGGCGUGCCGUUGUCGGCAUGCGUCAGGAUCGGUGUCACCUGGUGGGUAAUCACGGCCUUCUUGACCAGGUGGUCCACGCCGCUCACCAGAGGUGCGUCGUGUGUGGGCUUGGGUGUGUGGGAGGGGGCGGGAUUGACUACUUGGUUGUCGAGCCACUGGUGGUCUGGCGUCUGGCCGUCGAAGGAGGCGAUGUUGCCGAUGGUCGUCUUGGCAAUCGCCUCGAGGGCCUCGUAGGUGAAGAACGCCUUCACGCACACGCAGAGAGAGAAAGAGGUAGAUUGGACAUGAGCAUGGCUGUUGAUUGGAUGGUUAGGUACCUGGUGUGCGGUGACGAGUACGUUUGGGAAUGUGAGUAGUCGCGCAAUGACGUCGUCCUGGAUGACCUCGUUGGACCAGUCCUCGAAGAACAGCUGAGCCUCGCCCUCGUACACAUCAAUCGCCAGACCACCAACCUGCACACACACGGAUACACGAGUGGACCAUGACCAUGUGACAUACACAUUCACUCUGUGAGCACCUUCUUCGACUUGAGUGCUUCGAUCAUGUCCUUGCUGUUGAUCACCGGCCCUGAACACGCGCGCGCGCGGGCGCGAUGCGCACACACACGGACAUGCAUGACGCAGGCAGCGUGUGGCGACUACCUGCGGAUGGUGCGUACCUCUAGACGUGUUGAUAAUGAUGACGCCGGUCUUCAUCUGUCCGAUGGUCUUGUGGUCGAUGAGGUGGCGGCUCUCGGCCGUGAGGGGGCAGUGCAGGGAGAUGACGUCAGACGCCGCCAGUAGCUCGACCAUCGGCGCAUAACUCCCGCCGAUUUUCUCGAAUUCGGCGUCCGGGUACGGAUCACUUCCUGCAGUUAGGCACAAGUGCAUGCAUCCAUGCGUGCGAUCAAGCAGCCCUUUCCGUGCCGUCAGGUGGCUGACCCAGUAUGUUGGCACCGAACCCACUGCAUAUGCGAGCAGUGAGGCAUCCGAUCUUGCCCGUCCCGAUGAAUCCGAACGUCUUGCCUGACAUGACACACGCGCACACGCAUUCGUCCAGGGCACUGUGUGUCGCUGUGUGUGUGUAUGUGUACCGUUGAAGUCCAUGCCCUCCAAACCGUCCAGCGUGAAGUUGCGGUCACGCACACCUACAAACAGACACAGACAUGCACACACAUACCGACACUCAGAUCGAUCGUGCGUACGGUUGAAAGCCCGAUGGAGGUUUCGAUUGAGGCAGAGCAUGAGGCCCACAGCGUGCUCCGCGACGGCGUGUGGCGAGUAGGCCGGCACACGGGUCACAGUGAUGUUGCACCGCUCCGCGGCCGCCAGGUCCACUGAAUGGACAGGACAAGAAAGAGCAUUGCACAGAGACUGGGAGGGGUGCGCUGCGUUGUCUGUCCAUUCUACCUCACCGUUGUUGAAGCCCGCGCACCUCAAUGCGACCUGUCUGACGCCCAUUUUGUUGAGCUCCUCGACGACGGCCGCGUCCACCUCGUCGUUGAUGAACACACAGACGGCGUGGCAACCCUUUGCAAGACCAGCUGUCGCCUACCCAUGAAGAGAGCACACACCAGACACACGUGUGUCUGCCUGGCUGUCUGUCUGUCUGAUAUAUCCAUCCCACUUGUGUGAGUCUUGCGUUGAUGAAUUCGAAGUCGAUGUCAUGGUGGUUGUGUGCGGUGAAAGAUGCCUUGUCGUAGUCCUUGGCCGAGAAGAAAGCCACCUUGCACGGGCUGCUCGCCAUGGUGCUGCUGCUGCUGCUGCCCUGCUGAGAGGGCAGGCAGUCGUAAGGCCGCACGAAGAAGUCACGCUCUAUGUGCUGCAGGGAAGUCUCCAUGAUCUCUUGGUGAUUCUGCACACACGCACACAGGAGGGAGGGAGAGAAAGUGAUGGCAUGCUUGACGUCGGCCAGUCAGCGCAUCAUGCACUGGGGCACACCCGAAGCUUGAUGACGGAUGAGGGAAGAUCGACAAACGAUGCAAACAGCUGGAUGAGGUCUGAUUGACCCUGCGAGGGAUGCGGGCGUCUCGGCGUCUCUCUUUCCCAUUCCCAAGCGUCAAUUUGGGAAACUUCGUAUUGGGACGUUGAUGAGGGCAACCGACAGAUCCCGAGCUUCAU